CGAAGAAGGAUAUGCGCCGGCCGGACCUAGUCGUUCCGUACCAAGAACCGGCCGCCAACUCCGGCGACAGCGCCGAGUUUUCCUCCACCCUAUCCUCGACGUUACCUAUGGCUGCUAUAUUCACUCGAAACCGAUAUAUCGGCUGGGCCUCCGUCGUGAUCAGCAUUCAAAGUUGGCUUGGUGAGAGUGAGGAGGCCAGUAAGAGUAGCAACAGCACGCCCGGGUACUUUACCAUUGGCAUGUCUUUAAUGGCCCUCGCCGUGACCUACCUUCCCAUGUUCAUGCCACCGCAGCUUAACCGAGGCGCCACUGGUACUGGAGCUCCCGCCCCCAUGCCUGCCGCCGCAUAAACACCCGCUUUACAAUAUUAGUGCACGAGCUACGACGAUAAAUCGACCGUGUUCCUUCCUACAUGCCUGAAAAGGAGCAAUCUUAGUCGAGGUAGAAAAGAGCUAAACGGCGAGAAAGCGCAAUUGUAAGACUAUACAGACAAGAGGAAGGACAUUAAUAAACUAGAUGCUUAUAAGCGUAUACCACCAAUUCGUUUGAUGAAGGAUGAAGUGUAUAUCGGAAAGAGAAGCUAUGGACUUGUAAUCUUCUGAUGAUCACUCAGAAGCUCAAGUCUUGUACAAAUAAAUCUGACAAAAUUGGAUAUUGAACAUUAAUUAUAGAUCUGAAUCGAGGGACGAGUUUCGACAACGACCGCCUCGAUUUCGCAAAUUAUGUGCUUCCAAUACAACUAGCUCAAAACCGUCGUGAAGACCGAGCUUUAAUCAAAAGAUACAAAUGAUACUAAAUAGGAA